AUGACAACAACGCGUAAAUAUUCGGCAAACGCAACCACAUGCCUGCAUGAAGCCACGUGCUUAUGGUCGACGGCAUUGUGCAUAUUUCCGGCAUCUAAACAGCAGCCCGAAUUCCAUAGAUUGAGUGUAGUAAAACAUGGCUUCCAAUUUAUUAUGAAUGGACUUUCUGCUCAAGCUGAAUAUUACUUCAUGGACACUGAAAGGAGAUCACAAAAUGCAACAGUGAUUGAGGGGGUUGCUGGUAUUGAGUGGGAUGAAGAAGACAAUUUGCCGCUCGCAUAUUUUGCAAGUCACUCUGCAUAUGAAAAAUGUAAGUGGAUGAAAGGCGACCUACAGAGUAAUAAUACGGAAACAUUUUCAAAUUUUCCACCUCCACUUACACUGACAUCGGAGAGUUCGCCUCUCCAAUUUUUUCAAGUAUUUUUGUCACCCGAUAUUCUAACAGAUCUUGUAAAACACAGCGUUGCAUAUGCUUCUAAAAAGAACAAGCUGAACUUUGAACUUUGUUUGAACGAAAUGUAUGUUUUUUUUUGUCUGGAUACGUUCCUCUACCGAGAAGAUGGAUGUAUUGGGAAGAAUCGAAAUCGAUUUGAAGAGAUUUCUAGCGUUUUACAUGCUGCUGAUAUUGACAAUCUCCCAGAAGGUGAUAAGUUGGGAAAGAUACGUCCCUUUAUUGAAGCCAUAAAUAAAAAUUUUAUCAAGUACGCACCAAUUGAAAGUAAUAUUUCUAUAGACGAAGCGAUGAUAGCAUACUACGGUAGGCACGGAUGCAAGCAAUACAUAAGAGGCAAGCCCAUUCGCUUUGGAUAUAAAGCUUGGGUUGCUGCAUUGAAAUGUGGCUAUUGUUUGCAGUUUGAUAUAUAUCAAGGAAGGAAGCAGAAUAUAUAA